CAUUCAUGUACUAGUGUUGACAACCCCAAGCUAUGACGAGUCCUAGCAACACGUGACGUCAUCACUGGACGUACGACAGUGGCCCGAAAGCUACACGUUCAACGCUCCCGGCGGUGGACUUAUGAGUUGGACAUAAACAUUAAAGGGUAACUGGCGUGUGACCGCUUCAGUUCAAGGUUGGUGGGCGUACUGAACCGUUGUCCUAAACAAGGGCACAGCAGAAGGACAGUCUCCACUGAAAACCGGACCCCUGAGAUGGCGUGAUGUCGGGAUGGGGCAGAAGCCGCCGCUGCCUCUUCCUCCUCCUCCUCCUGGUCGUCAUGACAACGCUCCUGGCGACGCUGGUGGACCGGAGAGCGUCGGUGGGGCAGAUAUCGGGCCUCGGUGGUGACACGAGCGGGGACGCUGCUGCAGGGAAGCGGGAGGCGCUCAGAUUUCCGGCGGGGAAGUUGGACGCACAGUCCCGCCAACAUGCGGGCCAGGACACGCGGGAUAUCAGAGGGGAGAGGACCCGCACCACUGGCGGGAAGGUGACGUCACUGCCACGGACCUUGCGUCACGGCUGUCGCGAUGGCAACGCUGCGCGAGACGUCUCUGACCUGUCGUCAAGGCAACGGUGGUCGGCAUUACGUCACAUCAUCGUGAACGACGAGUACAGGUUCCUGUACUGCUACGUGCCAAAGGUAGCGUGCACGACCUGGAAGCGGGUGAUCAGCGUGUUGGAGGGCCGCUUCUCCGACCCGGAGCACAUCCCCAUGGACAUGUACAAGUUCCACCAGCAGAACUGGACUUACCUCAGCCACUACCCGGCCGCUAGCGUGGCCUACAGGUUACAACACUACUACAAGUUCAUGUUCGUGCGUGACCCGCUGGCUCGCCUGGUCUCCGCCUUCCGAGACAAGUUCGAGCGGCGCAUGGAGACCUUCAGCUUGAAGGAAGCCUGGACCAUCCUUGAAAAAUACCGCCCAAGCCCCAUCUCCGAAACCGACGUCUCCCACCCAAACAUAACGUUCCAUGAGUUUGUGCAAUACGUUGUGGAUACGGCACCCAGGUCAAUGAACCAACACUGGAGACCGUACCUGGACCUGUGUCAACCCUGUGCAAUACAUUACGACUUCGUCGGUCACGUGGACACGCUGGAAGAUGACGCGAAGGUCGUCUUGUCUGCCAUUGGUGCAGACGACAAGGUGGCGUUUCCCGCGCGUUCGGCGUUCUACUCGCACGCGUCGUCCGAAGACGCUGUCAAUCAUUAUUUGUCGCAACUCCCGCCGGACCUGUUCCAGAAGUUGGUGUCGAAGUACCAGAGAGACUACAACAUAUUUGGUUACAAACUUCCGGUCAGAUGACAACUGCGUCAUGUCCGGUCCAUAGUUUAUUAAGACUUAGUACUUAUUCCAUGAUUAAGAUGUAGAGUACUUCUGAAAUAAGGAGCAACUAAAAUGCCGGAUAAUAUGCAGGGGUCACAUUUUCCGAACUAAGGCCCGGUCGGACAGUUUGCAGGAACAAAAACAAAGUGUAUAUCAACAAAUAUACACACUAUGCUCAUUUUGUACAUUUUGUGUGCUUUGACAUUUGUCGUUUAACGUUAUAUCAUACUUUUCUUUCCCGCAAACUUACCGGUCGGGCACUGGUUUGAAAAUGUACCCUGGUAUCACUU